GCGGAGGCGCCAGUCCCCACCCUCAGCCCGGUGGUGCUGGCUGCACCGUGGCUCUCCAGGGUCUCGCAGCACCAAGGCGGAGGGUCGACUGGGCGCAGAGGUGGCCGCCUCUGCCCCCAGCCUCAGAGUCCUGCGGACCACCUGGGCAUCGGGGAGAUCGGUCUCCAGUGGUGAGGGGCUGAGCGCCCCCAGGCGUCCCUCUGCGUGGGACGUGAACCAGAGGUCCCCGGGGCCCUGCGGAGUACAGGGUCCCCAGGACCCCCACCACCGCCCGGGGCCGCCUUCCCCGGAUCCCUGCGAGCGGCAGUGGAUGGAGCCCCGAAGCCUGGCUCCCCGAGGCCUUGCGGGUGCAGCAGCAGCAGCAGCAGCAGCAUUUCCGAGCCUGGGACAUGAAGGUCGCAGUGUUGGACCUUGGGUCCCUCUUUGCCAAAAUCUUCAAGACCUCGAUGGCGCCCCCGGGGGUUCCCUCGCCUGUCGCCUCCUCCAGCCACGCAGAAGGCGCUGCCACUUCCGUGCUGGCAGCCCCCACCCUGACCCUCCUCCCCGCCCUGGCGCCCGACUCACCCUCCACCUCGCGGUGGGCGCCAGCCGCGCCCCAUCCUCGGCUCACCGCCUCCUACCCCAAGGCCUCAGGCGCGAGCCUAAGGACAGAAGCAGUAGGGACCCCCUUCUCACUGCCCAGUAGCCCGAGAGCAACCAAAGUCCCGGCCCUGCCCCCGGCCCCCUCCAGCGGCGGCUGCAGCGCCGCGGGCUCCCCGGCGCACCUGGUGCCAGUGGCGCGGCCGCCCCCCGGCCCUCCUGCCGGGGUAUGGACCGCGCUGCCCUCCAUCGGGGGCACCACGGGCAGCGGCGGUUCAACCUGGAGCCCCCGGAACUCCCGCCAGCCUGGCCCCGGGGACCGAGAGCCCAGCGCUUGGAUGCCCCCCGGACCUGGCCCCAAAACCCUCUUCUUCACCCUGCCGGACAUUGGCGAGGAGUGGGCCUCGGACAGCGACUCGGAGGAGGGCGGAGACGCAAGAGGACUGUCCAAAGGAUCUGGAAAACACAAUUUCACUGGGAAAAAUGAAGCUCCUUUACCUACACGUUUUACAAGACGUGUGCAGACAGCCAUCGGUAAAUAUUCUUGUGAGUCCUCGUCCUUCUCCUCGGAUGGAAGCCCCGCUCCCUCGGAAGCCCACAGCUCUUGGUCUGGGUCUGGGACUCGGAGUCCCACGACUGGCUUUUCUACCGAGAGGACCUCCAUCUACUCUUGGGGAGAUGAUGAGUUUGACAAAGCCAGUGCACAGAAAGUACAGCAGCUGUUCUGGGAGGUUGAGGAAAUGCUGUUUGAAGGGAAAGUGAGCCCUCCGACCCAGAACCUAGUGGCCGAAUGCACUGAGUGGGCCAGGCGGUCGGUGCACCUGAGAGUAUUAGGAAGACAGAUCGUCCUGCCAACUGAUGAAGGGGUCCGCCACUUCCAGUGCAGCGAGCCUCGCUCCACGGCCCAGGAAUCCUUCUCGGACACCGGUGAACGCAGUGGCAACAGCAGACAGUUGUGCAUCUUUGGCUCUCAAAUACUCCCAGCAGCACUUGCAGCCCCAGCUGAGCCAGGUUCCGAGGGCACAGGGGUGGCCGACUUCAUGGCGUGUUCAUCCCUGCAAGAAGAGGUCUAUGACGUGGAAGGGAAGAUUGAAGAGUAUUUCGCUUUCGACCGGAAAGAAGAUGACGAUGAACGCCCCGGACAAAAAUCCGCUCACCGUUAUAGGCCGUGGCACAAACACGGACUUCCGCCUGUGUCCCCGCAUGACUGUAUCAAAGAUGCCGUGGCUGCAGAAGUGUUCGAUCGUGUCUGGAGAAGCGUGGUAGAAAUAUUGGAGAAGCUGAUUCGGAAGAACUGGGAAGUGGCGCUCACAGGAAGAAAAACCAAGAAAGAAAAAUUGAAAGCAGCUGAGACUAAAUCUCCGCAGGUGCUUGUUUCCCAUCUGGCCACUGAGGUACCAAGUGCCCCUCCUUCCAGAAGCUCAGAAACUCGAAGCAUCUCCCUGGCUCCUCAUCCUAACCCACUUCCGACCCAUCGCUCCUCCAGCAACUUUUAUAAUGAUCUGAAUGGUGUGAUGACUAUUCAAGCAAAGCCACUUCAACAGAGACCUGCCUACUUGGCUGACAGGACACAGAACGACCAGGAGGACAAAUCAGUGGGUGUCGGGGCCACUGUGCUUUCCUCGGCACGCCGUCAUCUGGGACGAAUCUCAGACACUCGCGGCCUGCAGACUCCUGCCAAGAAAACACUAGUCCACAGGAGGCUGCCUUCCCUUCCUUCAGACUCACAGAGGCUGAGAACCCCGACUGUGGACAGUGAUGAGCUGCUUAAGGGAACAAAACUGCAGACUGGCAUAGAGCACCUGUCCUCCCCACUGGUUCCAGGCCCACGGACCAGGCUACCCCCGAUAGGCUCCGAGACCGCCGAACAGAAUGUGGCCCUUCCCGGAUCUCGCCCUGCUUCUUACAGAGGAAGGCACGCACACUGUGUGUUAAGCGCAGUACCUGAUAAUACAGUCCGAUCACCUCGUCAAGAAAGACUCCUGGCCACAGAACAGCUUUCACGGCCCAGCACCACCCAUACCUUUCGGUCAGACACACCUCGGAAAGGUUCACUGACACUGGUUGGAUUUGCUGGUCACACCUGGACGAGUCAAGGUUUCCUGACAGGUUCCCAGUAUCCAUCUAAAUCUUUUCAGAGGACAACUUGGACUGUAAGAAAGAGAUUCCAGGUGGCGUCUUGAUGUCACUGUGCCAGAACUACAGCGCCGCUGUGUGGGGUUAUUCAGAGGCUCCCAUCCACCACUGGAGCAAUGGAAGGACAAGUGUUACAUUUUGUAUCUGUUGGCCCGAUGGGCUGAGAUAUUAAACUAUCUGAGAGAAAUGCAGACAAACAGGUUAAUUUUGAACACUCCGCAUCACAAACAGAAUGCAAGUCAGACUCACAAAUCUUUAUCAGAAACAUUCUAAUAUGCGAUCUUUAGGCUUUGCUCGGAAGAAUCCAAUACCUGUUUAUAAUUCAUCAUUUUAUCAAUUAUACACAGACAUACACAUAAUCAACAUACAUGUUCACCUACUGCUUCAUAUAUGAGAGUAUAUUUUCUAGUAAUAUGCCAUUUUAUAACUUUGCCUUGACCUAUUCUUAGGUAGGUCUUGUUCCAUAACUAAUGCCAUCAAAAUCCGAGUCGCUAACAGAUACUAUUUCCUUCUUUAGAAAAUAGCCAAGUCGUCUUCGGCACCAUGUGCUGGUGUGACAGAGACUCAGGCUGCUCCAGUUGUCGUCUGUAGUUCAGUCCUGAACCUCUCUCUGGGAUGACAGUGGCCCAGUCGCCCAAGCUGAUUUUCUUGAGCUGGUUUUCCUGUUCAAAUUCAGGCACUCCAUUUAGAAGUCUCCUCUGUUUAUUGUUUUUUUAAGCCCGUCGAUUGAUUUUGAUUAUGAACAUAAACAUAAUUAAAAGAUGUUGCAUACGGUUUCAUCUUUAUUGUUGACAAUGGAAGAGUCCAUCCGUCGGAGGGAAGGGUCUGCAGCACACGCUCCUCAUCUCAUCGCAGCCUGACCUUUCCGCAGACGUCCCCUGUGGACAAGACCUUCCUCCCUCCCUCUGUCUAAAGCAGCAGUGCCCUCCUCUCUCUGUCCUCUUGCCCUGCUUUGCUUUUCUGCGGAGCCUGUAUUCCUGGCUGACAGUAAUCCAGGCAAUGGAAUAGAGGAGAUGAUCCUUCAGAGGCAAGGCUCUCAAACGCCAUUUCUCCUUCUCUUCUCUCCCGGUUGUUUUCCUUUAUAGUAGUUUAAACCUGUAGGCUCAUUUUGAUCUUCUCAGAUCUCAACUUUGCAUAAUGUCUUCUUUUCUAUCAGACCAUUAUAUUUUAUCAAUUUAAUUUUAUUAACCCGAAAGGAAACUUUACAUAGAUCUACAUAUAUAUUCCUAUAAAUGUAUAAUCAAUUAUUUUCAGACGUAUUUCUGGUGGUAAGAAGACAGGAUCGUUGCCCCUUGACAGAUGCCUGGAAAUGAAGAAGUGUGUUGGGACUGGAAUUAGUGUUGUCCUUUAUCACAGAGUGACAAAACAGCAAUGGCUUUAGAGGCGGCCUGCCUGUGAUCGACACUUUUUCCUUUGCAUUCUGGACUUGAAUUUCUACAGUGAUGGCAAUGCCAGGGAGUAGGCAAUGCUAGAGAAGUCACUGUGUCUGUAGCUCUUUUGGAUGCCCACAGCUCCAUGCCUCUAGGAAGUAUUCCUAAUGCUCAGUAACAUGCACAGUUUUCUAACUGCCCCUAAAGAUUAGCUAGAAAGACGCUCAAGAGAAAAUAUCAGUCUCCAUUUGGCAGCUGUCAAACACGAGGAAUUUCUAGACAGUAUGUGGUCUGCAGCCCCUGUAGCUGAGGGGCUCUACUGAAGUGCUCUCCAGUCCGUAAUUACCGCUAAAUGUGCCAUGGCCAUCUACCUGGCUCUUUCAAAACCGCUCAGGCUAUUUUAUGCUAAUUUCUAAGAACCAUCCAAGUCCUUCCCUAAUCAGCCCAGAAGACUUCUUGGAAGAGAAGAGGUUGCUAUGCAGCCUAUACUAACAGGAAAGUAUCCAAAAUGAAUUAUUAUGUUUUCACAUAGAGAAGCAUUGAAUAGAUUUUAUGGCAGCUUUGUUUUAUUUGGCUUUGGAGUUUUGCAACACCAACAAAAAGUACUAUUAUUUACAUAUAUUGGAAAAAAAUAAUUUGAAAAGCAGAACCAAUUAGAGUGAUGCAUUAGCUUCUGAAUAUUUUCAGUUGGAAGUUAGGUACCAUUUUGGACGUAAGGAAAAGACACGGCUGUGCCACUGAGUUGAAAAGACCUGCUCGCACCUGUGCUCAAGACAGCGCUCCAUUCACAGGUUAGCUGAGGGUUAGAGGUUAGCAAGUAAUCUUUAUAUCAGGGAUGGCGCUUUUUGAACUGAUUAGGUAAACAAUUAGGGCAGUGUUUUCAUGCUAAUCAUUGCUAAAUUAGUCGUCUUAAAGUUUCUUGGUGGAAAAUUGAAAAAUGCAAACUAAAUUACUCCUGCGAUCAAUUUUUAAACUAAGGUUAGUGACUACAUUAAUAAAAUGUCUGUUAAUUUAUCCAAAAGCAAAGAAGGAAUGAAGGGAUUUAAAAGUAAUACAAAGAUAUGUAAAAUACCAUAAAACUGCUAGAUUUUAUAAAUUUAACAGAAGAGGAAGUAUCCAUAUUGAUGUUACUUUGAACUAGAAUAAUUAACAUACCAAUUAAGAGGUAUAUUUUGUGAUAUAAAUCAUUUAUAUAUCAUAAUUUUACUGUUUUAUGACUAUAGAUCAUUGUUG